AUGAGUGAUUCAAUAGAUUUACUCUCCAUACGACCUCUCUUGGAUACAAUUGGUCCAUACAAUGAGAUCCCAGAUGAGUAUAACUCCAAAGAUGCAUUGAAUGCCUUAAUCACAUCUAAGAUCCUUGUCAUUGGAGCUGGAGGGUUAGGCUGUGAAAUAUUAAAGAAUUUAGCAUUAACAGGAUUCAAAGACAUACAUGUGAUUGAUAUGGAUACGAUUGAUAUCUCUAAUUUGAAUCGUCAAUUCCUUUUCGGGUCGAAAGAUGUGGGGAAAUCAAAAGCUGAAGUUGCUGCUAAAUUCGUUACUCAACGUUUAAAUGAUCCUAAUCUACAUAUCACUCCAUAUUUUGGAAAGAUUCAAGAUAAAGAUAUAGAGUAUUAUAAACAAUUUAGCGUGGUUGUAUGUGGAUUGGAUAGUGUUGAAGCUAGAAGAUGGAUAAAUGCCACUUUAGUGUCGAUACUGGAAACUUCAGAUAUAAUACCGUUAAUCGAUGGAGGUACAGAAGGAUUAAGAGGUCAAUCAAGAGUUAUACUACCUACUAUUUCAUCAUGUUAUGAAUGUUCAUUGGAUUUGAUAUCUCCUAGAACCACUUAUCCCGUAUGUACUAUAGCGAAUACUCCCAGAUUACCUGAGCAUUGUAUUGAAUGGGCCAGUGUGAUAAGAUGGCCUCAAGUAUUUCCAGGUCAAAAAUUUGAUGCUGAUAAUCCUGAAGAUGUGGAAUGGAUGUAUACAUCAGCAUUAUCAAGAGCCAAUGCAUUUGGAAUUGAUGGAGUUACUAAACUGUUAACCUUAGGAGUAGUAAAGAAUAUUAUACCUGCUAUUGCCUCUACAAAUGCCGUUAUUGCGGCAUCAUGUUGUAAUGAAGCAUUUAAAUUAAUUACCAAUCUGAAUCCUAUCUUGAAUAAUUAUAUGACAUAUUCAGGAGAUGAUUCUAUAUUUACAUUUACAUUUGAAUUAUCAAAGAGGAAAACAUGUCCUGUAUGUGGAAUAGUUGGUAUAUCAAUUAUGGCUCAAAAUUGGUGGAGUUUACAACAAUUUAUAGAUGAAAUAACAGAGAAUAAAGAAGUUCAAAUCAAGCAACCAUCAUUAACUACGGGAUCUACCUAUUUAUAUUUAAGAAAUCCCCCUCAUUUAGAAUCAAUUACUAAACCUAAUUUAUCAAAGAAAUUGAAUACAUUAAUUAAACCAGGUGAUGAAAUAUUAGUUACUGAUCCGAAUUUACCUAUGUCGUUGAAAUUAAUUGUAUCAUUUGAAGGACCUGAAAAUGAGCCAUUACAAUGA